AUGUCUCCCAUGGCGUACAUGCGGCCAAUUCCGACGGCUGCGCGAUGCCUUCGCAACGAACGCCUCGCUAGACCGCGUAUUCCAGCAUUGGGAAGUGUGAAUAGCGGCUAUGCGACGGCUUUGCACGCGCAUGAGACGGCUGCAGAGAGCAACGGAGCUGCAGUUCCGCCCGUCGCAAGCUCAGGCUUGCAGCAGCGCAAAGAGGCGAUACGCAAUGCAAAACCCUUCUCCGAUUUCUUGACGGACUCGUUCAACAGGGAGCAUGAUUACCUCCGGAUAAGCAUUACAGAACGUACCUCAGAGGGCGUACCGCUGUCGCCGCCUGCGCAUAUGCUCACCACUCCCGAGAUAUUCUACCUUUCCUCAUUAUUUGUAUCGCAAGGCGUCACCAAAAUCCGAUUGACAGGCGGCGAACCCACCGUACGCCGAGACAUCGUUCCCUUGAUGCAACAAAUCGGCACCCUGCGCUCGCAAGGACUUCGCGAGCUUGCUUUGACCACGAACGGAAUAUCAUUGCACCGGAAGCUGGAUGCCAUGGUCGAAGCUGGGCUGACAGGCGUCAACCUCAGCUUGGAUACUCUCGACCCAUUCCAGUUUCAGAUCAUGACGAGACGGAAUGGUUUCGAUGCGGUUAUGAGGUCCAUCGACCGUAUCUUGGAGAUGAAGAGGCUUGGUGCGAAUAUAAAGCUCAAGGUCAAUUGCGUCGUAAUGCGCGGGCUGAACGAGCGCGAUAUAAUACCUUUCGUCGAGAUGGGCCGGGAGAAAGACAUUGAAGUGCGCUUCAUCGAGUACAUGCCUUUUGGAGGCAACAAGUGGAGUAAGGGCAAGAUGAUCAGUUUUCAGGAGAUGCUGGACAUAAUACGAGCGAAGUUUCCAGGACUGCGAAGAGUCGAGGGUCACAAGAACGACACGAGCAAGACGUACGAGGUACCGGGCUUCGUGGGCAAAGUCGGCUUCAUCUCAAGUAUGACGAACGAUUUUUGUGGGACCUGCAACCGCUUGCGAAUUACAAGCGACGGAAAUCUCAAGGUCUGCCUGCAUGGCAACGCUGAAGUGUCUCUCCGCGAUCUCCUCCGGAAAGGCAACAAUGGCGAGCCAAUUGAUCAAGAAGCUUUUGAGCGCAUCAAGAAAAGUGAAAUGGACCGGCGAGAAGGUCUGCUAAGCGACGAAACCACCGUUGGCCGGAGACAACGCGAGCAAGAGCUUCUGCAAGUAAUCGGCCAAGCUGUGAAACGAAAAGCUGAAAAGCACGCGGAUAUGGGGGACCUCGAGAAUAUGCAAAACAGGCCGAUGAUCUUAAUUGGUGGGUAA